AUGUACAACGGUAUCGGUCUUACGACUCCUCGGGGGAGUGGAACAAAUGGCUAUGUUAUUCGAAACCUUUCGACUUUACGCUCAUACGAACCAGCCCAAGAUCGUGCGUCAGCCUGGGAUGUUGCACCGCCAAAGCACCGUGAGCCCGAUCAAGGCAUUCUCGAACAUGAACGCAAACGUCAGGUUGAAGUAAAAUGCCUUGAGUUGCAGCUUGAGCUCGAGGAAAAAGACAUUGAUGAAGAAGAGAUUGAAAAGCAAGUUGACGAACUUCGCACAAAACUAAAUGCCAACUUGAAGGAUGCAAUGCCUUCUACGAAGAGGUUCAAACCCUCAGAUACCCAUGCCAUCGCUGCAGCAAAAAAGUCUGAGCUCGAUAAGAUGGCUCGUGCAUUAGGCACAAGAAGAGACUACACUGAGGGCCAGGCAUUCGACCGAGAAAGACAGGAGCAGGAUAAGAUCAAAAGACAAGUUGAAAGGAAAGAGCGGGAAAGGAGGAAAGAGGAAGACAGAGCUAAGAUGGCAGAGCAGAAAGCAAAAUGGGAUGCUGAGAGGCGAGAGAAGGACAGGCUUAGACGGAGAGAAGAAGAUAGGCUAAGAAGGGAAAGAGAAGAAGGUGGUGGUGGCGAUUCGAGGAGGAAACAGGACAACGGUAGUAAUAUGCCUCCUCCUCCUCCGCCUGCCAGAGAUAGGUCUCGAGAACGGUACCGUGGACGAGACAGAAGCCCCCCUCGUCGUCCUCGUCAGGACUCCCGCUCUCGUUCCCCGAGACGCCGUUCUCCAUCACCUUUGACUCGCUCAUCCCGCCGUCGUUCUCCUUCAGCGUCGCGCUCUCCCUCUCGAUCGCGUUCGCCUCCUCGUGUACGAAGACGCUCUGUUUCUACUCCAAGACGUCGUUCUGGUUCUCCUCCAAGUCCUCCUCACGGUAACCGCCGUGAUCAGCGCAGCGUUACUGCUCCUUCUCGCAGGCGCCGAUCUCCGUCUGAUUCGGUCUCCCCUCCUCGAGUUAGAGUGGAAGUAAAAGGUCGUGGAAGAUCACCUUCACCCCGUGACAGUCGUCGCGGUCGGUCUCGUUCUCGUUCUGUAUCUAGUGAUUCUGCUAUGUCUGUGAGCACCAGAUCGAGUUCACGAAGCCGCGCUUGA